GACGAUUUUAUUAUUUUAUUAAUUGGAGGAAAAUGGACAGCGGUGGAAAACGGUAUUUCGUUUUUGGAGGAAAAUGGACCCGCCCCCUUACCCAGAACCAAUUGGAACAUAAAAUCACCAAAACCCAAACACGAAUUAAAUUAGGUUAGCCGGUAGUAUUGGUAGUACUUAUAGGUUAGUUUAGUUCGUUAGCUGUUAUGUCGAGUAUGCAGAAGAAACACGGUUAGACGUCGUAUAUGUAUCGUUAAAUAAUUAUUGGACAUUUUGGUUUAUUUUGUUUAUAACUAGAAAUACGUCUAUUUUAAUGGAUGUGCUAAUUUAAGCUGCAAAUUAAUUAAUUUCAAUUGAUUCCUAAUUGUGACUCGUAAAAAUACAAUAAUUACGUUCAUAUUCUUGAUGGAUCCGUAAGUAUCAAUGGUCGACUAUUGAGUGGUGUAUGUUGUAAUAAUAAACGUGUUAUACAGGUCCACAAUAAAAAAAUAUAAAAACAAUCCAACUAAAGACGAUCCCAACACUAUAACAAUGCCCAGAGAAAAGAACAGUCAAACUUACAAUGAAGUUUGCCUAAAUCAAUUUUGGUCCAAAACAAUUGAAGAAAUUAGAAAUAUUGGAACAAUAAACUUUAAAACACAAACAUUUCCAAUAAGCAGGAUAAAAAGAGUGAUGAAAUUAGAUGAUAAUGUGGAAAGGGUCAAUUUAGAAACUACAAUAAUACUUUCGAAAGCAGUAGAAAUAUUUAUCAAGGAAUUAAAUCUUUUCGGGUGGAUUCAUGCCAAAAAUCAACAGCGACGAAUAUUAAUGAAAAAUGAUAUUAGUAUGGCAGUUGCCAUGUAUAAUCAAUUUUAUUUUCUUACUGACAUAGUGCCUAGAGUAAAAGCAACAAAAAAAACUGAUAAAAGAGAAUUUAAGACAUCAAAAAAUCCUAAACAAGUUCAGUAUUAUUUUAAUAAUGCUAAACAACAACAAAGAAAUAAUGCAUCAGCGUCUAGUACUGGACAAAUAAUACAAACUGUACAACCAAUAAAUCAAGUAGUACUUUUAGAGAAUGGUAUCCAAAAUCAAAUUUCAAAUAUCACAUCAUACACUUUUACAACAAGUACUUCAACAACUGCGACAGACGGUCAAAUGAAACUUAUACCGUUACAAUGCAAUACACAGAUGUCGACUAACUUAUAUAAUGUGCAAACACUUCAAAUACAAAAUCAAAAUUAUCUUCAACCACAACAAAUUCAAAUGGUUUAUUCGCAACCUCAAAUCAUACAAAUGACCUCACUAGUUAAUGAAUCUACACCAACAUUCAUAUUUCAACCAAACAAUUUCCCAGUUCUGAAUAAAUGAUUGUAAAUUAAGUUACUUAUCUGUAACAUAAUAUUAUUAUAAGAAACUUACAUAUGUAUCACAUUUCACU